UGCUGAUUGGCUGUUGCAGACGUGGUUGCGGCGUCGCUGGCUGUAGUGCGUGUUCACGGCGGAGGCACCGGCUUAGACGAGCAUCUUGUACGUGUGUUGUCUACGUAGAGCGGCAUCCAUCAGCGGCCGGCAGAGCCGGUGCUCCAUCCCUGGGGUGAAGUUCGUUCUUUGUAAGGUCACUUCUCUCCAUUUAAAGAUGCACAUAAAAGAGGACAUAAAUCCUGUACUGCGGUACAUCCUUCACUUCUUUAUGUGGUUCUACGGCGUGAUCACAUUUGUGCCAUGGUUCUUGCUUUCUGGAGCAAAGGAGAGACAGAGAAGAGCAGAACGGGUAAAAGCCAAGCCCGUGAGUGAUGGUCCAAGCAGCCCGUACCGAUCUGUGGACAGCUUCGACAGCCUGGCAUCCUCCCUGUACCCGGGCUGUAAUACCCUGGACAAGGUCUUCAGACAUGCCACAGAUCAGUUCAAAACCAAGGGAUGUCUGGGGACUAGAGAGGUGCUGAGCGAGGAAGAUGAGAUCCAGCCCAACGGGAAAGUCUUCAAGAAGGUGAUCUUGGGAAAGUACAACUGGAUGUCGUAUGAAGAGGCCUAUAUGGCAGCAUCUACCUUCGGAGGUGGGCUUUCUGCACUUGGCCAAAAACCCAGGUCUAAUAUCGCCAUAUUCUGCGAGACCCGAGCAGAGUGGAUAAUCUCAGCGCAGGCAUGCUUCAUGUACAAUUUCCCACUGGUUACAUUAUAUGCGACCCUUGGCGGUUCUGCAAUCGCCCAUGGACUAUAUGAAACAGAAGUCACCCACAUUAUUACCAGCAAGGAGCUCCUGCAAACCAAGCUAAAGAACAUUCUUCCCCAAGUUCCUUUAUUAAAGCAUAUUAUCCUUGUGGAUGGCAGUAGCACACAACAGACUGUUUACCCCAACAAUACUACAGUACACAGCAUGGCAUCUGUGCAGGCUCUGGGCGCCAGCCAGGCAAACAAGCAUCCACCCUCCCCGCUGCCACAUGAUAUUGCAGUCAUCAUGUAUACAAGUGGAUCCACUGGACUGCCCAAAGGAGUGAUGAUCUCCCACAGUAACAUCAUAGCUGGAAUAACUGGGAUGGCGCAAAGGAUACCAAAUCUGGGAGAGACUGAUACCUACAUUGGCUACUUGCCUCUGGCCCAUGUGUUGGAGCUGAGUGCAGAGUUGGUCUGUCUGUCACGCGGCUGCGGUGUCGGCUAUUCUUCACCACAGACGCUAUCUGAUCAGUCCACUAAGAUCAAGAAAGGAAGCAAGGGCGAUGCAUCAGAACUUCAGCCAACCCUGAUGGCCGCUGUCCCUGAAAUCAUGGACCGCAUUUAUAAGAACGUCAUGAGCAAAGUGGCAACUAUGAGUCCUGUUCAGAAGGGUCUCUUCUCCCUUGCGUACAACUACAAAAUGAAGCAAAUAUCUAGAGGUUACAACACCCCACUGUGUGACAGGAUCGUGUUUCGGAAAGUGAGAAAGUUACUAGGAGGAAAGAUGAGAGUCCUGCUUUCUGGCGGUGCACCCCUUUCAGCUGCCACCCAACGCUUCAUGAACAUCUGCUUCUGCUGCCCAGUCGGUCAAGGGUAUGGCCUUACCGAAACAUGCGGUGCCGGCACAAUCACAGAAAUGUGGGACUACAGUACGGGCAGAGUGGGAGCUCCUUUGGUCUGCUGUGAGAUAAAGCUUAAGAACUGGGAAGAAGGCGGCUACUUCAACACUGACAAACCAUUUCCCAGGGGAGAGAUUCUGAUCGGUGGCCCCAAUGUGACCAUGGGAUACUACAAAAAUGAGCUGAAGACCAAAGAAGACUUUUUAGUGGACAAAAAUGGCCAGCGUUGGUUCUGUACUGGGGAUAUUGGAGAAUUCCACCAUGAUGGCUGCUUAAAAAUAAUUGACAGGAAAAAAGACCUGGUAAAGCUUCAGGCAGGAGAAUAUGUUUCCCUUGGUAAAGUGGAGGCAGCUUUGAAGAAUCUCUCUAUUGUGGACAACAUUUGUACAUAUGCUAGCAGCGAUCAGUCAUAUGUUAUUGGCUUUGUGGUGCCAAACCAAAAAGAGCUAUUGAAGUUAGCAGAGAAGAAAGGACUACAAGGAAGCUUUGAAUCUCUGUGCAAUAAUCCAGUAAUGGAGAAGGAAGUGCAGAGAGUCUUGGCAGAAUCUCCUGCUGCAGGAACCCUUGAAAAGUUUGAGAUCCCUGCUAAAAUCCGCCUUGUUUCUGAACCUUGGACUCCUGAGACUGGAUUGGUUACAGAUGCCUUCAAGCUGAAACGCAAAGAGCUUAAAAGUCAUUACCAGGAAGAUAUUGAGAGGAUGUAUGGGGGGAAAUAAAACCUUGGGCGCCUUUCUUCAAUACUCCUCCUCCCGCUUUUUUUCCGUCCUUCCUUCCUUUGGAACAAACAGUUAGUUCUAGACCUUGCUGCAGUAGAUUGGACUAAGAGUCUGUCUGCAACAAGACCUGGGAUCAAUGGAAAAUCUUGAAAAUCCCUAUAUUUACGAGAUACAGGACAAACAAGACAAAAUGGGACUCUGAUCUAAUAUUUUUUUUUGUUGCCAGUAGAUCUAGUGUUAUAGUACAGAUCUGAUUCUCCACCCAGCGGUUGGGCCAUGCAGUUGGAAUGAAUGUUUUACAUUUUUUUGGGAGAAUACAUGAGCUAACGCGGCCUCUGCCCAUGACAUACAUCGGUAACUCUCCAUGCUGUAUACCCUUUUAUGCCUAUUUUAUGUGGUGUGGGAGAUGUCUUUAGUAUAUGUGGGUGUGUAUAUAAUAUAUAUAUAGAUUUGUUAAAUGUUAUUUUUUUUAAGUGGAUUAUUUAAAGCGGCAGCCAAUACAGUCAUAUAUUUGUAGUAAUCUAGUUCUCUGUAAAGUAUUUUAUAUGGCGUCUCAGGUCAGCUGAUGUGCUUCAUUUGUUUGCGUAAGGUACUUGAAGGUGACAGACAACUUUAGGCUUAAUAGGAUUAUUUUUUGUUUUGGUAGCACUACUGCUUGAUUUUAUCUUCCAAGUGAUGGCUACUGUCCACAAGAUACAUAGAAGUCAACGAACUAGCGCUACAAUAAGUCUAUGUAGACCCAGUUUAUAAGGUAGUUGCUCCACUAAACUGACUGGAAAGAUAAACAUUAGAAAUCACAAAAUAAGUUUUUAAGAUGAGGUCAAGUUUUUUAUAUCUUUUUAACCCAAACUUGUUGUAGAAUUGUUCUGUGCAAUAUCUUCUUGGCAGAUAUUAAGCGGUCAGCUUCUGUUAUAAGGCCUCAUCUACAUAGGUCGAUUUUUGGGCAAAUAAGCGCCCAUUAGAACACUUGUUUCAAAUAAUUUACCCUUGUAAAAUGGCAAGCAAUCAGCUGAAGAUUGAGAAAACCUUCAUUCUCAUUGGUCAGCUGAUCAAUGUGAAGAGGCGAUGUCCGGCCUACAAUAAUGACAUUAAAGGGCUGCACAGUAAUCCAGUGAUCAUUCAUGUGGCCCUGCCUGCAAUUGAUUUGAAGGCCCAUUAACUCAUUACUAUUCUUUAAAGGGGUUAUCCACUAUAAGGUGAUUUUAGUAGUACGUACCUGCCAGAACUGGGUAUUUCCUGUUGAAUUUCAUUCUCUAAACUACACAUCCCAAAGUACCAUGCUUGUAAGUAAGAGGUCACUUUCCUCCCUCCCACACAUCAUCCACCCCACCAAUUGAAACACACCUGUGAUCCCUUCAAUGCAAUGCACCAGUGUUUUCUAAUCAGGGUGCCUACAGCUGUUGCAAAAUGAACUCUCUCCCACCCAGCGGUCACUCCACCCAUUGAAGCAGACAGACUCCCUCUGAUCACCUGACUAGUGAUGUCAGGUCUCAACGCACUGCAAUCUGGGAAAUCUGAGACAUGAGUAAUUUUGUAUGCUGUUAAAAAUAAAUAUUGGGCCGAAAAUCACAGAAUAAUUGUGAGAAAAUAGUCACACACAGGUACAGACACUAUAUUGUGAACUACACUAACUUUACAGCCCCUGUAGCAUAUAAAAAAAAAAAAAAAAAAAAUGAUCCUGAAAUACCCCUUUAAGGCUAGGUUUCCACUUUAUCUUGCAAACACGCACUAAAAAAUGCCCAUUCACUUCGUCUUUUUUUUUAUUUUUUUUUUGAAGUAAAAAUGCUGAGGCCAGAUUUUAGCUGUAAGUCAAUAGGUAAUUAUGAAAUGCGUUUUUUCACUCUUCUUGGUCAAUUUUUGACUCAGUGGCAGUUUUCCAUAUUGUAACAUGGUAAGACUUUGUCAUUUCUCUCCCAUAGAAGUUGCGAAAAAAAUGCCAUGUGGAUUUUCGCAUUUUUGUAGGAUUUUUUUUUGUGAAAAAAAAAAUACCCCCCCAAAAAAGUGAAAUCCUUCUUAAACGGUUAUACAGCAAAACAUAUAUAUAUAUUUUUUUCUUUCAAAAUUUUACUCAGGUUGUGUGAUGACAUAAAAAAAAGCCUCUAUAUAGUAGAUAAUGGCACACUUAAUCCUCCCAAUGGUGCUCAAGUAGAAUUCCACGCCCUAAAUUCAUAGAACAAAACACUUGGCACUCAAAUAUUGCAAUGUGAGUUUUUUCAUACGCAAACCAAAACCGAUAACGUUUCGGUCAAACAUUGACCUUCAUCAGAUCCAGGAUUGCUGCGGAGUAUUGUGCAUGAGAACGGCCCAAAGCCAUGGCAUAGCCAAAUGGAAGCGCGACCUAGAUUGCUACAAUAUAGGAGUACUAGUAUGGUGAAUAUGUUAUCCUUUAUUUCUCUGGAUGCCUGGUUAUAUGACCUUACUAAAGGGGUACUUUGGUGGAAAACUUUUUUUUUUUUGUUUAAA